UCCUUCCUUCACACUACUCCCAUUCCAUUAAUUACUCCAGCAACUUUCCCAUCUCUCCAAUUCUCAACUAACGCCGUUAACCCCAUACUUUAAUAUGUCUCAAGAGUUAGCUGACGGCGAGUUUUGGCUCCCACCGGAGUUUCUUAACGACGAAGAUAUUCUCAUGGACUUCACCGGAAAACCCAACUCCGGAGCACCCACUGGUGGUUUGAAAAAUACUUCAUCUGGGCUUUACGGAUUCGGGUCAUACCCGAACUCCGAUCUGAACUCUCCGGUGGAGUCCGUCAUUGGCUCCACUGAAACAGAAAGUGAUGAAGAAGAUUAUCUCACCGGGUUGACCCGAAAGCUCGCUAACACUUCUGUUAACGAAGAUUUUUGGAAAGCAGAUGCUAAUUUGAGCUUUGAAAACAACCACUCUAAGUCGACAAGGGUUAUGGCUGGUUCCCCGCAGUCUACGCUUUGUGGGUGUAAAAAUGGGUCAAGCAGGGGAAGCCCUAAUUGUGCUUCGCCGCCGUACACGGCGGAGGUGAAGCAGAACCAACCGUCGUGGGAUAUGCUCUACGCUGCUGCCGGAGAAGUUGCUAGGAUGAGGUUGAUUGAAGAAGCUGCUUCACGGCUGUAUAAUAACAAAAGCUAUGUUGCUACACAACCUACUCGUAAAGUGGCAAACCCUAAUCUCCAUUAUCAACAACUUCAAGCCGCUCAAUUUCAGCAGUUGAAACAGAAACAACAGCAACAAAUUGCGAAACAGCAGUACCUGCAAAUGAUGCUCCAGAGCCGAAAUCGGAAUGCCGGCCGGCCGGUGACGCCGCCGUUGUCGGCUUGGCCGACUCCUCAACAAGCUCAGCAGCAGCAGCAUCCGACCCGUCAACCCGGGUCGGGUAUGCGGGCUGUUUUUCUAGGAAACCCUACCACCAAACGAGAAUCCACCGGUACUGGUGUCUUCUUGCCCCGGCAACCCGGAGCCCCGACUGAGCCCUUUAAAAAACGAGGAUGUUCGACCGUUUUACUUCCAAAUAGAGUGGUACAGGCUCUCGAUUUAAAAUUGGAAGCCAUGGGAGGUGAAUCAAAGCUCCAAUCUCGCUGCAAUGGAGGAUCUGACUACGAUGCGGAGAUUAUGUACCGAAAGAGUGUGAUGAUGGCUCAACAAAAGCGGAACAACAGCAAUCGGCAACAACCGGUGGGGAUGACGGAGUUCAGGCUACCCCAAGAAUGGACCUAUUGAUGGAUGAUAAUGAUGAAGAAUUCAAGUAGGAAAUAUCGUUACAUAUAAGCAUAAUAUAGUAUAGGAGUUGGUUUUGUUUUAGUGGUGUAUGGAUGAAUGAAUCAAAGGAAUAUGAUGAAUGAAUAAAGUGAAGGUGAAGAUCCCAGCAUAAUGCUCUGUUUUGGGUUAGAAUGAGCAUUGGGUUUAUUUCUAGAGAAUAAUAAUAAGGUAGGGGUGAUGGUAUUAGAAUCAGUGUGAUGGGUGCUAGGUUAACUUGGUGAUAUUUCAUUUUGUUUUUUUGGACUUGAAAAUUUGUAGGGACUAUAUAGGUUGGGAUCUUUGUAAUAAAAUUUGACUAUUGAGAUUUAUCUAUGGUGUAUUUUUUAAUUA